GGUAUGAUUCGUUGUGAGGUGCUCGGCGACGGUAACGACCCUCUUGGCUUCGGCUUCCUUGCCGCCCCGAAGAUCCUGGUCACGGCGGCGCACAUCGUGCCCGACGCGACCAGGACCAAGCUCGGGAAUGAGAGGCUCGUGGAAAUCGACAAGCGCUACAUCAUUCCCGCCUACAUCCGCAACGGCCACCCCGACAUCGCCAUCCUCAGCCUGAAGAAGGAGGUGGCGUCCUUCCCCAACCAGCUCCCCAUCGCAAUUCGUGUGCGGCCUCGCAACACCCUCAGCUGCGACAUCAGCACCCACAACCGCUACUUCGGAGGCACCGUGGUCAAGGUGCACGAGGAGACAGUCGAAGGCACGAAGAUGCCCGUCUGGCUGCAGCUGCAAGGCACCAGCUCUCAAGAGGGCGAUUCGGGGAGCGACCUGACGCUGUCCGGCAGUGCGGCAGCGAUUGUGCAGGGGCUUUCCCCACACCGCUGUCCCCACGCCGGCCAACUGCCCACUGAGCAUCCCCGGGCAUUCCUUUACGUUUGCCCGCUCGACAGCUUGCAGCACCCAGCGCUAUUCCAUCAGAUCCCCGAGGAUCUCCUGCCUCUGCUCAAGGCACUCGAGACGCUCCCGCCCUCCUUCUACCGGAGCAAUUCCCAGCAGACGAGCAUCACACGGUGGCUGUCUAUCGUGAAGUUCGUGCCCCCACGAAGGAAGACUCCGACACAGGAGACCGCGGGUGGCGGCGCUGCGGGGGCCAAUGGUGACGCUGCGGAGGGUGCCUGUGCUGCAGAAGCGAAGCCAAAGGUGCGAAAGGGAUACCAAAAGGGAUGCGAAUGCAGUGAUGGGUACACGUGUGUGUGUGUGUGUGUGUGUGUGCGCGCGCGCGUGUGUGUGUGUGUGAUGGAAAGGCGCGUGACUUCCUUUGCGGGCUGGGAGUUGCCUUCAGGAGCCGUGCCAGUGAGCCCGAUGUGGGCCAGGUAGUGAGGGAGGGGCUCGAGUCGGUGAGCAAGGAGCUCGAGUCGGUGAGCAAGGAGAUCAAGGAGAUGUUCAAGGAGAUGAAGACGGAGAUCAAGACGGAGAUUAAGAAGGUGACGGAGCGGCUCGACACGGUGACGGAGCGUUUCGACGCGUUUGACACCCGUUUUGAUCAGGUGACCUCCAGGCUGGACAAGCAGUAUGAGGUGCUCACUGGCUAUCCCGAUCCCGACCGACCGCCAUCACCCCAGCACUGGGCGACAUUCAAGGGCGAGGCAAAACAGAUGCUGAACCUGACUGACGAGAAAUUCGACGACAUGAAGAUCGGCGACCUCUUGAACGACAUCACAGCCGUCAUCAAGAGAGGGCGGGCCGACAUAGAACAGCAACAGGUAUAUUUGCGGCAUACAAGUGAGGCCCACACAAGCACUCGCACAGAGAGAGGCGAAUGGUGUUGUUGCUGGCUGCGUUCGCCUUUUGCAGCUUCCUGCGUUGGUUUUCAGCAAGGCCGCUUCCGAAUAGCACCUGUCAGUCAUAGCAUAGGUGCGUCACACGGAGGUUGAUGGAUGGCGUCUCCACCUGCUCUCUCUCUCUCUGUGUGUGUGUGUGUGUGUGAGUAUGUGGAUGAUUCAACAGACUGCCGUCAGAGAUCGGUGUGUGUAUCAUG